AUGACUUCAGUCGAACUAUCCACGCCGUCCGUGGGCAAAUACACCCAACCUACCGGAUUGUUCAUCAACAAUGAGUUUGUAAAGGGCGUCGAGGGCAAGUCCUUCGAGACCAUCAAUCCCACCACCGAGGAAGUUAUCUGCUCCGUCCACGAGGCCACCGAGAAGGAUGUCGAUAUUGCAGUCGCUGCAGCCCGCAAGGCGUUCGAGGGCCCAUGGAAGAAGGAGACUCCCGAGAACCGAGGCAAGCUGCUGGUCAACCUCGCCAACUUGAUGGAGAAGAACGUCGACCGGCUGGCUGCGGUCGAGUCGCUCGACAAUGGAAAGGCCUUUUCCAUCGCCAAGGGUGAUGUUGGCAUGGCUGCGGGCUGCCUGAGAUACUAUGGAGGCUGGGCCGACAAGAUCGAAGGUAAGGUUAUCGACACAAACACGGAUACCUUUUCGUAUACAAAGCAAGAGCCUAUUGGUGUUUGCGGUCAAAUUAUUCCAUGGAACUUCCCAUUGCUCAUGUGGGCAUGGAAGAUCGGCCCUGCGGUUGCAACCGGUAACACCAUAGUCCUAAAGACAGCUGAGCAGACUCCUCUCUCCGCCCUCGUUGCGGCCGAGUUGAUCAAGGAGGCUGGCUUCCCACCGGGAGUUGUCAACAUCAUUUCUGGUUUCGGAAAGAUUGCAGGUGCGGCCAUUUCCUCGCAUAUGGGCAUCGACAAGGUUGCAUUCACCGGUUCGACCAUUGUCGGCCGUCAAAUCAUGAAGGCCGCCGCCAUGUCCAACCUCAAGAAGGUUACUCUUGAGCUUGGAGGCAAGUCACCUAACAUUAUUUUCAACGAUGCCGACAUCGACAAUGCUAUCUCAUGGGUCAACUUCGGUAUCUUCUUCAACCACGGCCAAUGCUGCUGUGCUGGCUCCCGUAUCUACGUCCAGUCAGGCAUCUACGACAAGUUCGUGCAGCAAUUCAAGGCUCGUGCUACUGCCAACAAGGUCGGCGACCCAUUCGCCGCCGACACCUUCCAAGGCCCACAGAUCUCGCAACUCCAAUACGACCGCAUCAUGGGUUAUAUUGACGAGGGAAAGAAGGCCGGUGCCACCGUAGUGACUGGUGGUGAGCGUCAUGGUAACAAGGGAUACUUCAUCCAACCCACCAUCUUCGCCGACGUUACCGAAGACAUGAAGAUCGUGCAAGAGGAGAUCUUCGGCCCCGUCUGCACGAUUUCUAAGUUCGAGACGGAGGAGGAAGUCCUCCACAGCGCCAACGACACCACCUACGGUCUCGCCGCUGCUGUGCACACCCAAAACCUGAACACUGCUCUCCGCGUCUCCAACGCCCUCCGCGCUGGAACCAUCUGGGUCAACCAAUAUAACAUGCUGCACCACCAGGUCCCAUUCGGUGGCUACAAGGAGUCCGGUAUUGGCCGAGAGCUUGGAGAGGCGGCGUUGGCCAACUAUACCCAAACCAAGUCGGUGUCGAUCCGUUUGGGAGACGCGCUCUUUGGUUAA